AUGGCGGCCACCUCGCCAGACAGUCCUGCUCUCAGCCUUACCGCAAAAGAAAUCCUAAGGCCCGAGUCUUCCCGGGCGCUCCAGGAGAUUGCGGCGGAUCUGCGCUCCACCAGCUUAGAGGCGCAGUCCACGGCGAUGCUGAGAGCACUGGACACGCUCGACGCAAACAAGGACCGCUUCGAGCAGUCCCCUCAGGACCCGCGCCAGACGACGGUCAACUGCGCAGCUUUCCUGCUGGAGGCGGGCAUCCUGGCUCCUUUAGCCGUGGGCCUGAGAACUGCGGCCGCGGGCCAAUGGCUGGUGUACACUGCGGAAGAUGCGGACCCCCUGGUGCGCAGCUGGGCCUCGGAUUGCGCCAAGGUGCUGUACUGCCUCACCGAAGACAAGCGCACCUUCCGAGCAAUCAGAGCGUCAGUCCCAGACUUGCUAGAUCUCCUAACAGAGGUGUACCUCAGAGGAGUGGAGUGCCCCGUGUCAGAGGAAUGCAGGAGCAGAUUGACGGAAGAGGCGAUCCUUGAAGUCAAGCAAUGGGCGCGCGCCAACAUCCUGUCGUGCCUCGCGCACCUAUCCCUCUGGUCUCACAAGCUCAGGCUGCGGUGCGCGCGACACACGGAGCUGCUGAACGCCAUCCUAGUUCACACGUCGCAGGACGUGUCCGACGUCGAAUUCCUCCACGACGCCUUCCUGCUGCUGUGCCACGUGUACCCGUUGUGGGAGGACCCCGACCUGGACGGCUGGGUGUUGUACUGGAUCAGCAACAUCAUCCACUCCGCCGCAGAGUGCGCGCUCAUCGAGAGCGCGUGCUAUCUUCUGUGUCUCCUCACUCAGGGAGACGACCGGCGGCAGCGGCUGGCCGGGCCCUCCGCGGGCACCUACCUGCUGCCCCUUUGCCACAUCUUGGCGGCGGUUCCGGCCAGCCCGAAUCCGGCCGGAAACCCCACCCGGAGCCUGAAAAUGUUGGGGACGACGCUGGGGGUGGCGAUCCAGGACACUAGCGGUGCAAAGGCGGCGGGCCGGAACGCCGUGGAGCGAAGGCGCCACUUCGAGAAGGAGGCGCGCAAAGACGGCGCGCGGGUGCAGCGCGCGCAGCAGCUGGCCGCGAUCGUGUCAGAGCCGCACUUCAACAGGGUUCUGCCGAUAGUCAAGAGGCACGGGGAGAAAUAUCCAGUGAAGGACGCCACGGUGGCCCCCAGGCUGGGGUGGCUGGACGCGCGCGCGAAGCGGUCGUGCUCGGCGACCGGCUGCAGCAAGAAGGAGAAGAAGCCAGGGGAGUUCAAGAGUGCCAGAAAGCUGCCUGGAAGGGCGCGCACAAGGAAUGGUGCCAGAACUUACAUCGUCGCGAGACGUUGCAUCAAAAUAAUGAAGAGCACGCCUGUAUAUGAGUAUUACAAGUUGAACAUCAAGUCGUGA